CCGACGCGGCCGCCCGAGCCGCCCGAGCCGGGGCCCCGCGCCCGGCAUGGAGACGCGCGCGGCCGCGGGGCCGGAGCGGGCGCCGGGCGUCCGGGCGCAGCUCGCCGUCGUCUGUCUGGUCAACAUCAUCCUCACCGGGCAGCUCAGCAGCGCAGUUCCUGCUCUAGGUGAGGCCGGCCUCUCGCCCCCAGCCACCUGCAGCGGGAAGCUGGAGCAGCACACAGAGCGGCACGGUGUCAUCUUCAGCCCGGCCUGGCCCCUCAACUACCCGCCCGGCACCAACUGCAGCUGGUACAUCCAGGGAGACCGCGGGGACAUGAUCACCAUUAGCUUCCACAACUUUGACGUGGAGGAGUCCCACCAGUGUUCCCUGGACUGGCUCAUGCUGGGCCCCGCGGCCCCACCCCGCCAGGAGGCCUUCCGGCUGUGCGGCUCCGCCAUCCCUCCCGCCUUCAUCUCCGCCCGGGACCACGUCUGGAUCUUCUUCCACUCGGACGCCUCCAGCUCAGGCCAGGCCCAGGGAUUCCGUCUCUCCUACAUCCGAGGGAAGCUGGGCCAGGCGUCCUGCCAGGAGGGCGAGUUCCACUGCGACAACGGCAAGUGCCUGCCGGGCCCGUGGCAGUGCAACACCCUGGAUGAGUGCGGGGACGGCUCGGACGAGGGCAACUGCUCGCUGCCCGCCUUGGAGCCGCCGGGCAGCCUGUGCCCUGGGGGCACCUUCCCCUGUAGCGGGGCGCGCUCCACGCGCUGCCUGCCGGCUGAGCGCCACUGCGAUGGCCUGCAGGACUGCGGCGACGGCUCGGACGAGGCGGGCUGCCCCGACCUGGCGUGCGGCCGGCGGCUGGGCAGCUUCUACGGCUCCUUCGCCUCCCCGGACCUGUUCGGCGCCGCCCGCGGGCCCUCGGACCUGCACUGCACGUGGCUGGUGGACACGCAGGACCCGCGGCGCGUGCUGCUGCAGCUGGAGCUCCGCCUGGGCUACGACGACUACGUGCAGGUGUAUGAGGGCCUGGGCGAGCGCGGCGACCGGCUGCUGCAGACCCUGUCCUACCGCAGCAACCACCGGCCCGUGAGCCUGGAGGCCGCCCAGGGCCGCCUCACUGUGGCCUACCACGCCCGCGCCCGCAGCGCCGGCCACGGCUUCAACGCCACCUACCAGGUGAAGGGCUACUGCCUGCCCUGGGAGCAGCCGUGCGGCGGCAGCGGGGCGGGCGGCGCGGGCGAGCAGGGCUGCUUCUCGGAGCCGCAGCGCUGCGAUGGCUGGUGGCACUGUGCCAGCGGCCGUGACGAGCAGGGCUGCCCGGCCUGCCCGCCCGACCAGUACCCCUGCGAGGGCGGCGGCGGGCAGUGCUACGCCCUGGCCGAGCGCUGCAACAACCAGAAGAGCUGCCCGGACGGCGCCGAUGAGAAGAACUGCGCCUCCUGCCAGCCCGGCACCUUCCACUGCGGCACCAACCUCUGCAUCUUCGAGACGUGGCGCUGCGACGGCCAGGAGGACUGCCAGGACGGCAGCGACGAGCGCGGCUGCCUGGCGGCCGUGCCCCGCAAGGUCAUCACGGCCGCGCUCAUCGGCAGCCUGGUGUGCGGGCUGCUGCUCGUCAUCGCCCUGGGCUGCGCCUUCAAGCUCUACUCGCUGCGCACGCAGGAGUACAGGGCCUUCGAGACGCAGAUGACGCGGCUGGAGGCGGAGUUCGUGCGGCGUGAGGCGCCGCCGUCCUACGGGCAACUCAUCGCGCAGGGCCUCAUCCCCCCCGUGGAGGAUUUCCCCGUGUACAGCGCCUCCCAGGCCUCCGUGCUGCAGAACCUGCGGACGGCCGUGCGGCGGCAGAUGCGCAGACACGCCUCCCGCCGGGGACCCUCCCGCCGCCGCCUCGGCCGCCUCUGGAACCGGCUCUUCCACCGGCCGCGGGCGCCGCGCGGGCAGAUCCCGCUACUGAGCGCCGCGCGCACCUCUCAGACCGUGCUGGGCGACGGGCUCCUGCAGCCCGGCCCAGCGCCUGCCCCGGAGCCCCCGGCACCCCCGAGCAACCCAGACAGCCCCGGGGCUGCUGGAGACGCACCCCCCGGGGACGCAGGCUGUGAACCAGAGGGGGGACCUUCCGGACUGUCGCCAGGCCAGGAGUGUGGGCCCGAGGACAUGGACAGCAAAGCGCCUCGCAGGGACGCUCUGGAGGACAGCCCCGGCCCCGCGGAGCCCCCACGGGAGCCCAGUGCAGCCCUGGACCCUGCGGCCCCCGCCCCCACCGCCAGCAACACCCCAGGCCCCCACCCAGCAGAGCCCCUGGGUGUCUGCAGGAGCCCCCUGACACCCUGCUCCCCAGCGCAGGAGGCCAGUGACGACGAGGCCCUGCUGGUCUGCUGACCUACUGGACGCUCUGGGGACCGCCACAGCCCCGCUUUGUAACCAGGGAAUACACAGUCGUUUCUA